UUCCCCUCCAAUAAUCCCUUAACAUUCAGCCAUCAUAUUCCUAAUCGUACUAUACUUUUGUGAGCGUCAAGCGUGUAGUAACCCGGAGCCUCGCCAACAAGCUCCGAGCCUCCGUUCCGCGCCUCGACGACAGCUCUGCGGCUGCUGCACGCCCCAUGCAUUGAGAUUGAGGGACGAGGAGCGCGACGAACCCCAACUUCGAACAUCCACCCCUUAUGAGUCGGUGCUAAACCGUGCGAACUCUCUUCCCCCACAGACGACGCACCAUGACAUCCCGCCUCGUUCUCGUCCUCGGGGAUCUCCAUAUCCCCGACCGCGCUCUCGAUAUCCCAGCCAAGUUCAAGAAACUCCUCACUCCAGGGAAAAUCGGGCAGACAUUAUGUCUCGGAAACCUCACCGACAAGGCGACCUACGACUACCUCCGCACCAUCUCCCCCGAUCUCAAGAUCACCAAGGGCCGCUUCGACAGCGACGCGACCUCGCUGCCGCUCGCCCAAGUCGUGACGCACGGCUCGCUGCGCAUCGGCUUCCUAGAGGGCUUCACCACCGUCGCGCCCAUGGAGAUGGACCUCAUGGUGGCCGAGGCCAACAAGAUGGAUGUCGACGUGCUGUGCUGGGGCGGCACGCAUCGCUUCGAUGCGUACGAGUACGAGAAUAAGUUCUUUGUGAACCCUGGCAGUGCGACGGGUGCUUUUACGACGGGCUGGGUGGCCCCCGGAGAGGAAAUGGUCCCGAGCUUUUGUUUGAUGGAUGUCCAGGGCAUCGGCUUGACGCUGUACGUGUAUCAAUUGAGGAAGGAUGCGAAUGGCGUGGAGAGCGUGAACGUGGAGAAGAUCACAUAUACCAAGAACGUGGGCGGUAGCUGAUGGGGGGGC